AUGUCUCUAAAAGCAAGUGACAAUCUCGAUAAUGGCCAGAAGUCGCCUCAGCCAUGGAAGGCCGCCGAUCCUUGGGCUCCGACCUCUCAAGCUCCUGGGGGAUUUCCUGGUUCCGUCGAUCCGUCGGCGACAGUUCCUGCGUCGGCCCAUCAAUCUUUAUCAGCCGCUGUUAAAGCUCGCCAAGAUGAGUACAUUCGAAAGAAAGCACUGAAAAUCAAGAUUGGUACUUGGAACGUGGCCUCAAUCAGUGGUACUGAGAAAGACCUGGGCCCAUGGUUCGUUGGAGGAUAUGGUGUCAAAGGUCUCUCCCAAGAUUUGGCCGGCCUGGCUGUCGAAACCCAGACGGAAGGGGCCGUGAGCCAUGAUAUUGAAUCUGUGGAGCAGCAGGAAGCCCGAAUGGCUAAGAAGAAGACAACUCUACCAAAAGAUGAUGUCCCUGCAGUAGAACAUGACGAGCAGAUUGAUCUGUACGUCUUGGGCUUGCAGGAAGUCAUUGAUGUCACCUCCAUGACGGAAGCUGUCAGACCGUAUACUGAUCCGAACCCGGGCAAAAAGUGGAAGAAGGCGCUCGCAGAUUCCUUGCCUACCGGCUUCGAAAAAGUUGCCGAGCAACAACUCCUAGGUCUCUUGAUUCUCAUUUAUGCCUCACCGCAGUUGUAUCCAACCAUCAAUUCCGUCAGCACAUCAAGUGUUGGCACAGGUUUGAUGGGCUAUUUGGGCAACAAAGGCGCAGUGGCCGUCCGGAUCAUGAUAGGAGAAACGACGAGGCUGUGCUUCGUCAACUGUCAUCUUGCUGCUGGAGCAGAUCAAACUGCAUUGAAUCGACGGAUAUGGGAUACAAGUCAAGUUUUGACCCGGACAAGGUUCUCCCCAGUAAGUCCUGAUGGAGAGGUCGUCGAUGGGCCAGAAGAGAAGAUUGGAGAUGAGGACUUCGGAUUCUGGUUUGGCGACCUCAACUAUCGAUUGGAUGAUAUUCCAGGAGAGGAUGUCCGAAGAUUACUCUUGCUUCAUACUCGGAAUGAGUACGAUAUUGCCAACAAAUCCAAGCGCCGUAUUGAUAGCGAAUUGGGCUAUCUGACUGCACCUUCCAACGAGCCUAUUGUGUCCCACAAGCACUAUGAGUACAGUGAUGUGGAGCUUCCUGCGUCCGAGAGUGCAGUCGAACCACCACUUGAUCCAAAGUCGGAUCCAGCUUCGCUUCACACCACUAUUCAGUCACUCUUGGCACAUGAUCAAUUACGCGCCCAGCAAAGACUACGAAAAGCUUUUCACGAAGGUUGGAGAGAAGGUGAGAUUAAUUUCUUACCUACCUACAAAUAUGACGUUGGUAGCGUUGGUAUGUUCGAUUCUGGAGAAAAGAAGCGAAGUCCAAGUUGGUGUGAUCGGGUUCUAUUCAGGACACGUCGGGAUAGAGAAGUCUAUGAAGAAAAAGCGAAAAAACUGGAAGAAGCUCGAAAGAAAGAUGAAGCGAUGAAAGCUCGUGGCAUUGAUGAGGCAAAUGCGGAACAGGACGUCUUAUUCGACUAUGAUCCAGAUACUGACGGACUCGCGUAUGGGGACGAGUGUGAUGAGUAUGACGAAGAGGAGGAUGCCAUUCAUGACGCCGAAUUGGUCCGUACAAGAGAGGAGUACGGAGACCCGAUCGAGCUAAAUCACUACAUAUCCCACCAGAGAGUGCUCUCCUCCGAUCACAAACCCCUUGACGCCAUAUUUACCUUGACCUACGAUGCAGUUAUUCCCGAACUCAAGGCCAAAGUCCACCAGGAGGUUGCACGAAAAUUAGACAAAGCAGAGAAUGAAAGUCGUCCGGCUGUCACCGUGGUAGUUGACCAUUAUUCUGAAGAGACAAACUCAAGCGCUGACGAUGCGGCAGACAUAAAUGCCGUGCAAUUCGGCCAGGUCUUCUAUGGUGAGAAAAAGACGAGAACUGUGACAGUUGCCAACACUGGACAAAUCACGGCAACAGUCACAUUUGUCGAACGACCCUCUGAAUCAGGGGAUGACGGGAAGGCCGUCCCGUCAUGGCUAGAGCUUAAUGUUGAGCAUCAAGUCAACGAAAAUUUAAGUCAAGAGGCGAGCAAGUCUCCUUCUGGAUUCAGUCUCUCGCCUGGCGAUACGAUAGUAGUUAGUCUGACCGUCGAUAUAUCAGACGGUCAGACGGUGCGGGAAUUAAACAUGGGCGACUUACAACUUGAUGACGUUUUGGUUCUUCGGGUUACUCAUGGGAGGGAUCAUUUUAUUCCAAUUAGAGGGACCUGGCUUCAAUCAUCCUUUUUCCGAACCCUUGACGAACUCGUGCUUGCUCCAGAAGGUGGUGUUCGCAUGCUCCGAGAUUUGCGUAGGAAGGCCUCCACUGGAGGUAGUGACGCACACCACUCGGCUCCAAAAGAAUUGUUCUCCUUGACAGAGACCAUUCCUACUCAUAUCGAACGCUCGGUUGCAGAUUGGUCAAUGCUGCAUGGGGAGGACACUCCACCGUGGCAGUACGAUGGGGUUGGUUUGUCUUGGCCAUUUAGUCCUCGGACAUGGACAUUUCAUGGAGAAGAACGUGCUGAAUAUCGUCUACGCUUGAGAGAGGCUCUAGACACAGCGCAGCCACUGGAGGAGAGUUUCGAUCCCGACAUUGCCUGCAUCAUCAGACUCGAGGUGCUUGCGGAAACGCUGUUAGAGUUCCUCCGGUCUCUGGGAGAUGGGAUUUUGACCGCCGAGGCAUGGGCUGAAGUGGAGCAGCGGUUGAAUACAGCGGAGAAAGGGAAAACGCAGCUAACGCCGGAUGAGAUACAGGAUACGGUUAUGGACUCAAUAUCUCGAUCUCCAGUCCAUAGCGUAUCAUUCACGUUUAUCACGUUCAUGUUGAUGAGAAUCGUCAAUGAACUGGUUCCCUGUGGAGUAACUCAAGCCAACGCGCCCGCAGCAACAUCUCCCAAUCCAUCGCGAAGAUCAAGGACCUCCACUUUAUCGAGUGAGUCUGGACAAACUUCUCAGUCUGGGCAAGAAACCCCUGGAAGACGAAGUCUUUUUGCGCCAUUGCGACGGCGUCGAACUCAGAGCAUCUCGACGUCAUCAAAUACUGCGGCAGAUCCCAAGUCUUCCACCCUUGAACGGCGGCACCAACUCAUCGAUGCUUACACGGAGAUCCUAGCACCACUUGUCAUUAGAUCGGAGAACGACACGAAUGUCAAGGGACGGGAAAGGAAGGCAUUGGAAUUACGCAAGAAACAGGUGUUGGAGGUGUUUCUGGAUGCUAGACAUGUAUGA